AUGGACGCAUCUAAGAAGAAACUGCCCGACCUCGUGUUGUAUCGCGGAUUUCCCGUUUCGACUUCUUACGUCUGGUCGCCCUUUGUCACAAGACUCGAAGCAAGGCUUCGCUUUGCGAGGCUCAAGUAUCGUCUUGCCCAAGGCUCCAUGUCCCAAGCGCCUCGGGGCAAGGUCCCGUACAUGGAUUUCACUCCGAACGGGCAAGAUAAACCUUUAGCACUGGGUGACUCUUCUCUUAUUAUCCAGCAUCUUGUGGACAACAAUAUCUGUGAAGACCUAAACGAGUCACUACUGCCAACUGCAAGAGCCCAUGACAUGGCUCUAAGGGCGUUGUUUGAGGAGAAGCUGUAUUUUUAUCAAGGUAUGGAGCGGUGGCACGACAACUACGAGACGAUGAAAUCCGGAGUAAUGGGUGCAGUUCCUUGGCCAAUUCAACCUCUGAUCGGGCUUCUGGCCUAUCGUGGUCUAACCCGAACGCUGUACGGGCAAGGCACUGGGAGAUUUACGAGUGCCGAAAUUGCCAGCUUUCGGCAUGAUAUCUGGCAUAAUGUCAAUGCUUUGUUGGCCGAGGUACGUCUCACAGUGCCUGGCCCCAACGCGCCAUUCUGGAUAUUGGGCGGCUCAGAACCUUCAGAGGCCGAUGCAACUGUUUUUGGCUUCAUUGCUUCCGGUCUUGUAUGCAACGCGGCUCCGGAUACUCAAAAAGUCAUUCGAAGCUACCCAGUGCUAGUUGACUACGCGAAGAGGAUUCAUGAACACUACUUCAUCGAAUAUCAACUUUGGGACGACGAAAUGUAA